GUUAGCCGCGCUGUUAGCGCACCGAGCUAACCAUCGUAAAUGGCUGAGCGAAGGCCGACGUCUAACGGUAGGCCGCAGGCCUUCCUCGCUCGUCGCACAGCGGUGCCAAGCUUGGAAAAGGUACAAUGUCACUUGGCAACAGGCCAUCAUGCAACAUGGAGACCAAUCGGACGACUUCCGCUUCACCACCGAAUCCAGAGAAAUCGAUCAAGCCUGCGCGUUUGACGUGACGCCUUUCUGUCAAGGUCUCAUCAUCGUAGCUGCUGGCAGCUCAGCAGAAGCCUCCCAGAGUCGGGAAGAAGAUACGCAGGGGAUCCCUGCCAGGCAACUCGAUGUUGGAGAGGUGGUGUUUAUCAUCCGGAGUCAGAGCAACUCCUUCCACGCCGGGCGAGCGGAGAAACGGCGAGAGGAUUUGAUCCGGCAGGCGCGUGCUCGCUCAGAGAACCCUCCGGCGGUUUUGCUCCUUCACACUUUAUCCGACAACGAGGGGGACUGGAGCGUCCUUCCUCUGCUGCCUUAUUUGUCUCGCACCUUUGGGAAGAAUUCCUCGUGGAUGGUGUUUCUGGAAGAGGAGACGGGCGUCAAGACGGCGAGGCUCGUCGAAGCGCUGGCAAAGUUUGAUGAGAAGAAAGAAUGGUUCCUGGGGAAGCCGCUCCACGACGACGAGUCCACCAUCAUCCAUCACUACGCCUUUGCCGACAACCCUUCGGUCUUUCAAUACCCCGACUUCUCUGCCGCGUGGGCCUUAAGCAUCCCCUUGGUGGUCCGACUCGCCAACAAAGUCCGAGAGGAGCCGCUGAAAUCGGACUUCACCAUUGACCUGAAACACGAGGUGGCCUUGUACAUUUGGGACAACGGCAAGGGUCCCCAUCUGACCGCCGUGCCCGAGCUGUGCACCGAGCCCCAAGAUUCCCCGAGGGCCGAGCCGUGCGCCACCGCGCUGCACCUCCAGCCUCCGCCCUGCGGGGAGCCGGUCAGUCAGGACAACAUCUUUGUCGCCGUGAAAACCUGCAAGAAGUUUCACAAUGAAAGGGUUCCCGUCAUCAAGAAGACUUGGGAGAGCGACGCCGUCCAUCUGGAGUACUACAGCGACCACGCCGACGCUUCCAUACCCACCGUGGAUCUGGGGGUCCCCAACACGGAGAGAGGCCACUGCGGCAAAACCUUCGCCAUCCUCAAGAGAUUCGUCAGCGGCGACGUCCCCGACGCAGAGUGGCUCCUCGUCGUGGACGACGACACGCUGAUCAGCCUCCCCAGACUGCGAUCGUUGCUCAGCUGCUACCGACCGUCGGAAGCCGUGUAUCUGGGCGAGCGCUACGGCUACGGCCUCAGCCAGGGAGGCUACAGCUACGUCACGGGAGGCGGCGGCAUGGUGUUCAGUCGGGAGGCGGUGGCGCGACUCUUGCAAAGCGGCUGCAAGUGUUACAGUGACGACGCGCCGGACGACAUGGUGCUGGGAAUGUGCCUCAACGCUCUGGGCAUCCCCGCCACCCACAGUCCACUUUUCCAUCAGGCUCGCCCGGAGGACUACUCGGCCGACUUGCUUGCUCACCAGGUGCCCAUUUCUUUCCACAAACACUGGAACAUCGACCCCGUGGUCGUUUUUAACAAAUGGCUGAGGGACGGCCACCAUAAAAGCUCGGCUGACAAUAAAAGCGCCAAGACGGAGCUGUGAAAUCCAAACCUGAUCAUUGGAUGAACGUGGACGUGAGCAGCCGCGUGUCGUUCAAGCAAAGCAUGUCAAUAUUCAUAUAUAUAGAUAAGAAAUAUACAUAUCUAUAUAUAUAUAUAUAUAUAUAUAUAAAUGUGUGAUGAAAUCUUACGGAUGAUGUUCUCUCUGUGAAUUCACAAGAUGCCACUGGAGCUGUAAAAUCUAUUUUUAAAUAAAAAUGUACAUUUUUAACAGUGA